GAUCCGACAGCAGCAUCAGCAAGCCGCACAGAUGCAACACAUGCAACAAAUGCAGCAAACACAGGGGGGAGCAGCAGCACCUUCGCGACACAUGUCUCCUCCGACGCCUGUACAAGCACCGCAAGGUGGGAGUGGUGUAGGAGGAGGAGCCGGCGCACCGCCGAACCAACCCCAACAGCCCGGUCCUUCGCAGCAAGCACAAAUCCAACAACUUGAUGCAAAUAUUACAGAAUCCCAAUCAUCCACUCAUGGUGUACAUUAUGCAGCAUGUGCCGAACUUCUCUGCGUUUCCCUUGCCGCAGCAAUUGCAGAAGCUGCAGGCCUUUCAGCAAAUGGUGGCCCAAAGAAACCAACAAGCAGCAGCAGCAGCAGCGCAGCGCAAUCCUCAAUUGGGUGGGAUGCCGUCAAACGCGGGCAUGGCAGGUGGACUCCCCAACGGCACAAUGACUAGAGGAAGCGGAAAUGGUGGUGGACCAAGCCCUGUGUCGCCCCUACGUCAACAAGCUCCAGUGAUGCCGCAACCGCAACAAAUGUCCUCGCAACAAUCGUCGCAGAAUGGAGCGUUCCAAUUUGGUCAGCCCCAUAGCAGCGGAGGAGGAACGGGGAUAGAUCCGCGUAUGGCUGGUGUAGCUGGAGGAUCCAACUUUUCGCAGCAGAUGCCGGGGAAUAUGGGCAACGUCAAUAUCAACCAGCAACGGCAACUGAUGUUGAUGCAACAGCAACAGCAGCAGCAACAGCAAAUGCGGAAUAUGAAUGGCAACCUUAACAUGAGUAGUGGUGGUGUGAGCGCAGCGAGUAUGAUGGGCUUACAGCAGUAUGGAACAUACGGGAUGAACCCGAGGAUGAUGGGUCAACUCGGUGCGUCGCCGCAACAGCAGCAACCGCAACCAUCACAGCCGCCUGGUGCCACAGGUGCAGGUGGAGCCUCGCCAAUGGGGCCAACCAACGAUACAUUCCCCACGCUGAGGUCGAACUCGACAAUCCCGGGUAUAGCAAGAAGCACGAGAUCUCCUUCGGAUGGGGUUCACUCGCCCAUGACGCCGCGAGCACCAUCGAGGCUUUCGCAUCAGCAGACAUCGAACGACUAUCAUACCAUGCUGCAACAACAGCAGCAUACACAGUCUGCGUUUAAUCAGAGUGUAGCUUGGUCGCAGGGUGCACAGACGCAGAUGGGGAUGGCUGCAGUAGGCCAAGUGAACGGGUAUGCCAUGGGUGGUUCUAUGAAUUCGCCGAACGGCAUCGGUGGAGGCUUCUUUGGUGGAAGUCCUUCGCCGUCGAGUCAGAGUUGGCAACACGGUGGUGGUAUGGCGGGCAUUGGAGGGUAUGGUUAUGGACACGGGCAGUCGACGAUGGGCGGUGGUGGUCAGCGUCCCCCGGAUCCGACGCGUUCACAGAUGGGUCGUGGAGGUACACCUGUGCCUCAAUCUGGUGGUGGUGGAUCCGCACCUCCGACAUCCGCUACACAAAACAUGAGUCCGAUCGGACCAGACUUCACUGGCAGUGGGGAGUACGACAUUUUUAAUCCCUACGUCAACGGUCAAUGAUCGUUGCCCCCUCCUCCCACUCUCCUGCCCUCCUUUUUCCCGGUGUAUCUUCAUGGCGGGCAUUGUGCGUGCGCAUCUACGUUAUAUAUAUAUGUGCUUG